AUGGGGCGUGAAGAUGAAUCCCCAGUGAUGAGUGCGUUUCAGGUGUUUGAGGAGUUUAUCUGUCAGAGGUUGAUGCAGGGUUACCAGAUCAUUGUCCAACCUAAUAACAGGAAACCACAACCCUCUGUGGCCACACCACUGGGCAGCAGCCCUCAUUACUCCAGAGGUCUGGUGUCCAUGCGUCGAACAGAGGAGGAGAACAUUUACUGGCUCAGUAUGGGUCGGACCUUCCAUAAAGUCUGCCUCAAAGACAAGAUCAUCACGGUCACUCGCUACCUGCCCAAGUACCCGUAUGAGUCAGCUCAGAUCCAGUACAGCUACAGUCUGUGUCCUCCACACUCUGACGCCCAGUUUGUUUCCUGCUGGGUGGAGUUCGGUCAUGAGAGACUGGAGGAAUAUAAGUGGAACUACCUGGACCAGUACAUCUGCUCUGCUGGUUCUGAGGACUUCAGUUUGAUUGAUUCUCUGAAGUUCUGGCGGACUCGCUUCCUCCUGCUGCCGGCCGGAGGAGCUCGCCGGGUGGCCGACGGCGAGGGACACUGGGACGUUUACGGGGACGGAGCCGGUGCUGGGAUAUGUGGCAGUGGAGACUGGCUCCUGCUGGAUGGCUUCAUCCGUUUCCUGGAGGGACUCAACCGCAUCCGGCGGCGCCAUCGCUCAGACAGGAUCAUCAGAAAGGGAACUCCAUUAAAAGGACUUCAGGUGACCAGUCCUCUUCUGUCCUAUCCCACUGAGCCUGUUGGACCAACUCAAGGGAAGAAAGGCACCUCAGCUUUAUCGGCCCUGCUGGAGAUGGAGCAGAACCAGAAAACGCUGGAGGAGCAGCUGCAGCAGCAGGCGAAACCCUCCACGGCCGUCACAGACCUCCCAAGUAUGGCCACAGCUCCCUCAUAUGUAGACAGUCCUCGGAAGGAUGCUGCCUUUAUUUUGGAUUUUAUACGUAGCCCUCGCUCCUCCUACAUCUAUUGUUCUCAGUUUGUUGAUACCAGUGAAGCUGCAGACAAAGUCGUCCCGUCGUCAGUGACAGCAGCAGCAGGAGCACCGACUGCAGGAGAGACUGCAGUCAGCAGCAGCUCCACAGACAUCAGUGGGCAGUCUGCAGCCGGAGCUCUAUCUCUGUCUUCUUCCUCGACUCUCCUGGAGAUCUUAGAGGCCAUCAAACACCCCACGACCGGUGUUCAGCUGCUUCCAGAACAGAAGGGUCUACCAGUGAACUGCUUCAUCAGUGCAGAGGUUCUUCACUGGCUGGUCAAUAAUGUGGACGGCAUCGCCACUCAGGGGAUGGCUGUAGAUAUCAUGCAGAAAAUGCUGGAUGAAGGUUUGGUGGUCCAUGCUUCUGGAGAUGCCAUGCGCACCUUUGUGUACGGAUUCUACUUCUACCGGAUCGUAGGAGAGAAGGAUGGCCCGACCUCCCCUCUUCCCCCGUCAGCAUCUGGAGGCUGGUCCACUGCGGCCCUGGAGGACUUCGCCCUGUUUCAGAGGAAGUGGUUUGAGGUCGCCUUCGUGCUGGAGGAACCUCGACCCUGCAACCUCCCGGCCUUCUUACUGCCCUGGUUACCCAGCAGACCGGCCUCUUACGCUAGCAGGCACAGCUCCUUCAGCCGCAGCUUUGGAGGACGGAGCCAAGCCGCAGCUCUCCUAGCUGCCACUGUCCCAGAGCAGAAGACGGUCACUCUGGACGUGGACGUAAACAACCGCAGCGACCGAACAGAAUGGUGCAGCUGUUACUACCAGGGGAACUUCUCCCUCAACGCGGCCUUCGAGAUCAAGCUGCACUGGAUGGCUGUCACUGCUGCAGUCCUCUUUGAGAUGGUUCAAGGCUGGCACAGGAAAGCGGCCUCCUGCAGCUUCCUGUUGGUUCCUGCCCUGGAGGUCCCGUUUGCACUGACCUCUUACCCGUACGGCGAUCCUCUGAGAGCCCAGCUCUUCAUCCCUCUGAACGUUCACUGUCUGCUUAGAAACGGCAGCGACAACCUGUUUGACGGGUUUGAACCGGAGACGUACUGGGACAGGAUGCAGCUCUUUCAGGAGGCCAUACUGUACCGGUUUGGAUUCGUUCACGACAAGUUUUCUGCCUCUGCCUUCAACUUCCCCUCGGAGAACAAGCCUCAGUACAUCCACGUCACAGGCACCGUCUUCCUGCAGCUGCCGUACUCCAAGAGGAAGUUCUCCAGCGGUCAGCAGCGCAGACGCAGAAACUCCACCACUUCAAACAGCCAGGGCCCGUUCGGCGGCGAGGAGCAGGUCGGAUAUUACUGGGCUUACAACACCAUGCUGACCAAGGCGUGGAAAACAGGCGUGCUCGUGGACGAGAGGCUCGCCGAGCGCCUCCUCAAAGACUUAACGGACUUCUGCGUCAACAAGGACAACAGACUGCUCACCUUCUGGGACAGCUGCCAGGAGAAGAUGAACGCCAGCGCUCCCUAACAGGAAGAGACGAGACGUCACGCUGACACAUGAGAAAAGUCUGAACACUGUUUUCUAAUAUUUGAUAUCCUUUAACUCAGAUUCACACACUGGACUGCUGCUGAGAGGAGAACCGGGUCUUUGACCGACCUGCUGAAUCUCAGCUUGUUUACAACAUGAAUGAUGCUCUGGUUUGACUGAUGUGAAAUAAAUAUUACAAAUUCAACACAAA